GAAGACUUCUCGUGUUGCCCCGCUGGACUUGGAGGGGCUGUACGUGACGCUGCGGAGGGGGCGACACUUGUGCUCCAGGACAGAGCAGAGGAGACACGGGAGUCGCGGGAGUGACGGUGUCCAUCCGUCAAGCAGCUGGAGGAACCCCACUACCCGACCCUUAUGGCUGCUUGAGACACAGCGACAGACCCCCCCUUCCCCCUUUCUUCUCUUUCUCUGGGACUUUUGGUUUUUACUUUGUCGUCCACAGAACGUGUUGAGUCUAAAAAGUUUCUUCAGGUUGAAAGUGAAUCCACUUGCCGUGGACGUCUCUGGCGGUCAUGGAUACCCAUAUUAGGUGGAAAGUUAAACGGAGGAUAAGGGACGCUCAACUCACUUUAGUGGUGAUUCUGCUUUUUGUCACAUCGCAAGCAUUUUCAGUGGAACCAGUAGACCUCUUGAAGAUUUUAGAUUUUCACAAUUUACCGGACGGUGUUACGAAAACAACGGGAUUUUGCACACAUCGGCGGUCAACACAAGGACCUGAUGAAGCUUACCGAGUAGCCAAGGAUGCCCAGCUCUCUGCGCCCACCAGACAGCUCUAUACAGGUGAUGCGUUCCCAGAAGACUUUUCCAUCUUGGCCACAGUGAAGCCCAAGAGGGGUAGCCAGUCUUUCCUAUUGUCCGUGUACAAUGAACAGGGCAUCCAGCAGCUGGGACUGGAGGUUGGCCGCUCCCCUGUAUUCCUCUAUGAGGACCAAACAGGCAAACCCAGCCCUGAGGACUACCCACUCUUCAGAGGAGUCAACCUCGCCGAUGGAAAGUGGCAUCGGGUGGCCAUCAGUGUGCACAAACAGAGCAUCACUCUCAUUUUGGACUGUAAAAAGAAGACCACACAGAAACUGCUCCGAAGCCCCAACCCUGUUAUUGACACCAGAGGAAUUAUUGUGUUUGGAACUAGGAUACUUGACGAAGAGGUUUUUGAGGGAGACAUCCAGCAGCUAAUGAUUGUAGCAGACCACCGUGCUGCCUAUGACUACUGUGAGCACUACAGCCCUGAUUGUGAAGUGGCGGUUCCAGACCAGCCUCAGAACCAAGAUCCCAACACAGAAGAUGAUAAACCAGAUGAUGACCCCUACUACUAUGAAUAUCCAUACUAUGGAGAUGUGGAUGGCAAAGUUUAUGAAUCUACCACUGAUGCAGAGGAGACAACCGCAGAUGCAGAUAAGGUGACUGAUUCUGACAGCGUGGUGACCAAUGUGGAGAAGGCUUCACGAGGCGGCUCUAGUGCCACCGGUGUAGUGACAUCGGUCGUGUCUAGUUCGCCAUCGUCUGGUUCUUCUAGCAGCUCCUCGGCUUCAGCCAGUUCAACAACAGGAGAUGAAAACUAUGAAACCAGUCCCUAUGACAACUAUGACAGUUAUGACACCUACUACGACGAAUCUACACCACCUCCGGAGAAGGACACAACUGGCCGUUUCACCAUCACCAACAUCGGCACCGGAGGGGACAUUGACUUGGGUGCUGGGUCAAAGGUCGAACUGGAAACAGGGAGUGUCAUAGGAGGCGGAGGAGGAACAAUCAGCAUCACAACCAACAAGACAACAGUUGGUGGUGCCUAUGAAGACUAUGAUGGAUAUGACUACAACGUUGAUGGAUCUUACACAACAGGUGGAGGUGGCAGCACUUCUGUUCACAUUGGUGGUGGAGGCAGCAGCAGCAGCAGCAGCAGCAGCAGCAGCAGCAGCAGCAGCAGCAGCAGCAGCAGCAGCAGUUCAACCAUCAGUCUUGGAGGGGGCGACACAGGCAGCAGUUCUGUGUCAGUUGGAGGUGGUUCUGUCUCGGUCGGAGGAGGCACCAUUUCCAUUGGAGGGGGCUCUGUGUCUGCGGGAGGUUCUUCUGCCUCAGGAGGAUCGUCUACCACAGGGGCAGGCUCAGCAAGUGCCGGGGCAGGGGCUGGUGGAACCGGCCUGGGCAUUGAUGGCGAGCUCGACUAUGAAAUUGAUAAAUUCAAGGAGGAGGACAUUGAUUAUUCUGAUAGUGAACUUGAAGGGUAUGGCGCCUAUGAUGAGCUGGAUUAUGGACAGAAAGAAAAAGAGCUCCCAGCCGAGACUGAUGAAUAUUAUGGACAGAUUGAUGGUGCUCGUGGUGAAAAGGGACAGAAGGGUGAGCCUGCUGUCAUUGAGCCAGGAAUGCUGGUUGAAGGUCCAUCAGGGCCUGAAGGGCCAACAGGUCUCCCUGGACCCCCAGGUUCUUCUGGUCCUCCAGGCAGUCCUGGAGAUCCUGGAGAGAGGGGUGAUCCAGGUCGGCCUGGUCUUCCUGGUGCCGAUGGUUUACCAGGACCUCCGGGAACUGUCCUAAUGUUACCUUUCAGGUUCAGUGCUGGAGGUGACUCUGGACAAAAGGGACCUGCAAUGUCAGCUCAAGAAGCCCAGAUGCAAGCCAUUAUGCAGCAGGCCAGGCUGGCAAUGAGAGGCCCAACUGGUCCUAUGGGUUUAACGGGUCGCCCUGGCCCACUUGGACCUCCUGGUGUACCAGGUUUGAAGGGAGAAUCGGGAGAAGCCGGGCCACAGGGACCGAGAGGACCCAUGGGCUCUCCAGGACCUCCUGGAAAACCAGGUCGAAGGGGUCGAUCUGGAGCUGAUGGUGCUAGAGGCAUGCCAGGACAGUCUGGACCAAAGGGAGACAGGGGCUUUGAUGGCCUGGCUGGGCUUCCUGGUGAAAAAGGACACAGAGGUGAACCAGGUCCUGCGGGGCCCCCUGGUGCACCUGGUGAGGAUGGAGAAAGGGGAGAUGAUGGAGAGAUCGGACCCAGGGGACUUCCUGGUGAACCAGGGCCCCGUGGUUUGUUGGGACCAAAAGGACCUCAAGGGCCUCCUGGACCUCCUGGCGUGACUGGAUCAGAUGGACCACCUGGACCAAAAGGAAAUAUUGGACCUCAGGGAGAGCCAGGACCUCCGGGACAGCAGGGAAAUCCAGGUGCUCAGGGACUCCCAGGACCACAGGGAGCAAUAGGACCCCCAGGGGAGAAGGGUCCCACAGGAAAACCAGGUCUACCAGGAAUGCCAGGAGCUGAUGGUCCACCAGGUCAUCCUGGAAAGGAAGGGCCUCCUGGAGAAAAGGGACACAUGGGUCCUUCUGGUCCUCAAGGCCCCAUUGGUUACCCUGGCCCUCGCGGUGUAAAGGGAGCCGAUGGUGUGCGUGGCCUAAAAGGAAACAAGGGUGAGAAAGGAGAAGACGGCUUCCCAGGAUUUAAAGGAGAUAUGGGCGUCAAGGGUGACAGGGGUGAACUUGGACCUGCUGGACCCAGAGGAGAAGAUGGCCCUGAAGGUCCAAAGGGUCGUGCAGGUCUUCCAGGAGACCCAGGACCACUUGGAUCAACUGGUGAGAAGGGUAAACUUGGUGUUCCCGGGUUGCCUGGAUAUCCUGGAAGACAAGGACCAAAGGGAUCUCAAGGUUUCCAAGGGUUCCCCGGUGCCAAUGGGGAGAAAGGAACACGAGGAACAGGAGGAAAGCCUGGCCCACGCGGACAGAGAGGACCAACGGGGCCUCGGGGAGAGAGAGGGCCAAGAGGACCAACAGGAAAAGCAGGACCAAAGGGUAACUCCGGAAAUGAUGGUCCACCAGGACCUCCGGGUGAGAGGGGUCUGCCUGGACCUCAAGGCCCAACAGGAUUCCCUGGUCCAAAAGGACCUCCUGGACCUCCAGGCAAAGAUGGACUUCCUGGACAUCCUGGGCAGAGAGGAGAGACUGGUUUCCAAGGAAAGACUGGCCCUCCCGGGCCACCAGGUGUGGUUGGACCACAGGGGCCAACAGGAGAGACAGGACAAAUGGGUGACCGGGGUCACCCUGGACCCCCUGGCCCUCCUGGCGAACAGGGUCUACCAGGAGCUGCUGGAAAAGAAGGGGCUAAGGGUGACCCUGGUCCUGCUGGACCUGCUGGUAAAGAUGGACCUCCUGGGCAAAGAGGUUUCCCUGGAGACAGGGGCCUGCCUGGUCCUGUGGGAGCUCAUGGACUGAAAGGAAAUGAAGGUCCUCAUGGCCCACCUGGCCCUGCAGGUUCUCCUGGUGAACGUGGCCCAGCUGGCCCUGCAGGACCUACUGGGCUUCCUGGACGUCCAGGUCCUCAGGGUCCACCAGGCCCCGCUGGAGAGAAGGGCGGACCGGGUGAAAAAGGACCUCAAGGCCCAGCUGGAAGAGAUGGUAUUCAGGGACCAGUAGGGCUUCCUGGACCUGGAGGUCCGCCUGGGCCACCUGGGGAGGAUGGAGACAAGGGUGAGAUUGGAGAACCAGGUCAAAAGGGAAGCAAGGGGGACAAAGGAGAACAUGGUCCUCCAGGUCCAACUGGGCCCCAGGGACCUGUCGGAGCACCUGGUCCUGCGGGAGCUGACGGAGAGCCUGGUCCCAGAGGACAGCAGGGUCUGUUUGGCCAGAAGGGAGAUGAAGGGACAAGAGGUUUCCCUGGACCUCCUGGCCCAGUUGGACUGCAAGGCUUGCCAGGUCCACCUGGUGAGAAAGGUGAAACUGGAGAUGCUGGUAAACAGGGUCCACCUGGCCCGCCAGGGCCCAGAGGACCGUCUGGACCUCCUGGAGCUGAUGGCCCUCAAGGACCUCCUGGUGGUAUUGGAAAUCCUGGAGCUGUUGGAGAAAAGGGAGAUUCUGGUGAACCGGGAGAGCCUGGACUUCAAGGAGAAGUCGGUCCUCCAGGACCAAGAGGAGAACGAGGAGAAAAGGGUGAGGCAGGUCCUGCUGGCACAGCUGGACCUCCUGGCCCCAAAGGUCCCCCUGGAGAUGAUGGUCCCAAAGGAAGUCCGGGCCCAAGUGGUUUCCCUGGUGACCCUGGUCCACCCGGAGAGCCUGGUCCUGCUGGUUUAGAUGGUCCACCAGGAGACAAGGGAGAUGAUGGAGAACCUGGUCAGCCAGGCUCUCCUGGACCAACUGGAGAGUCUGGUCCCUCAGGGCCACCAGGCAAACGGGGACCUCCUGGACCUGCUGGACCAGAGGGCCGACAAGGCGAGAAGGGAGCCAAGGGAGAGCCUGGUUUGGAGGGUCCCCAGGGAAAGACUGGUCCUGUAGGUCCCCAAGGUUCACCUGGAAAACCUGGCUCAGAGGGCCUCAGAGGAAUCCCUGGCCCAGUUGGAGAACAAGGUCUUCCUGGUGCCCCAGGGCCAGAUGGGCCUCCUGGACCUAUGGGCCCUCCAGGUUUACCAGGCAUGAAAGGAGAUUCAGGUGUUAAAGGUGAAAAAGGCCAUCCUGGCCUCAUAGGCCUAAUAGGACCCCCAGGUGAACAGGGGGAAAAGGGUGACCGGGGUCUUCCUGGUCCUUCAGGAGCAUCAGGUCCAAAAGGAGAUAAUGGUAUUGCUGGUCCACCCGGUCCUCUUGGCCCAGUUGGUCCACCUGGAUUACCUGGCCCUCCUGGUCCCAAAGGAGCCAAGGGAUCAUCCGGCCAAACAGGACCAAAGGGAGAAACUGGAACACCUGGACCACCAGGUCCGCCUGGCCCUCCUGGUGAUGUUAUCCAUCCACUGCCUAUCCAAGCCCCUGUGAAAGGUAGAACACGCAGAAACAUAGAUGCCAGCCAGAUAGUGGAUGAUGCCUCUGUAGACGCCAAUUACAAGGACUAUGAUGAUGGCAUGGAGGAGAUCUUUGGAUCACUGAACUCUCUAAAACUUGAGAUUGAGCAGAUGAAGCAUCCACUGGGAACACAAGGCAACCCUGCACGGACCUGCAAGGACCUGCAGCUCUGCCACCCUGAUUUCCCAGAUGGUGAAUACUGGAUUGAUCCAAACCAAGGCUGCUCUCGAGACUCCUUCAAGGUGUAUUGCAACUUCACAGCAGGAGGGGAAAGCUGCAUAUUCCCAGAUAAAAAAUCAGAAGGGGCUAGGCUUACGUCUUGGGCUAAGGAGAAUCCUGGUUCCUGGUUCAGUGAAUUCAAACGUGGUAAACUGCUCUCCUAUGUGGAUGCAGAGGGAAACCCCAUCGGAGUGGUCCAGAUGACCUUCCUGCGGUUACUGAGCGCAGCAGCUAGGCAGAACCUUACAUACAACUGCUACCAAUCUGUGGCCUGGCACGAUCAAGAGCAGGACAAUUAUGACAAAGCCAUCCGCUUCCUGGGCUCCAAUGAUGAGGAGAUGUCAUAUGAUAACAACCCCUUCAUGCAUGCUCUAGUCGAUGGAUGUGCGUUGAAAAAGGGCUAUGAAAAGACAGUACUUGAGAUCAACACACCAAAGGUGGAACAAGUGCCUUUUGUGGACAUCAUGUUUAAUGACUUUGGCGGCUCCACGCAGAAGUUCGGAUUUGAAGUGGGCCCAGCUUGUUUCAUCGGCUAAGACUGUUUACUGUGUGAAUGGAGGAAAAAAGCAUAUUUGUUUUCUCAGAAAAACAAUUUAAAACUAGGACAAUUCUAUUUGUAAAAAAGUACCUUCUCCUUAAAACAACAAGUACGAGUACAAUGAAAUCAAUGAGACAAAGGUGAUAUUUUAAAAGAAUAGAGGAAAGUGAAAAAGAGCAACCUUGAAACCUCAGUGUGCCUUCUCCAUCACAUGCAAGUUUUGAAACUGGAUGUCAGGUCAUGCCCCUCUCAUUUCGACUCUCUGUCCAGGAAGGCAGCACUGUGAGCUGCUGCUGUCUGAUGGCCGCACUGUUUACUGUGGACUUAAUAUCACUGAUAUCACACCUGGUAUCAUGCUUUACAUCAGACCUGCGUCUCUUCACAUGGCUUCUACACGUUUUGGUGUUCGCUCAUUCUCCACGGGAGCUUUGUUUGUGCAUAAUGAUCUUCCAAUUAUCUUGAAAUGGACCUUAUAUAUAAAUAUAUAUAAAUAAUUUUAUGUUUGUAAGUACAUUCUGUAUAUUUUUCCUGGUUAAGUGUGUUGUUUCUGGCUUCAAAACAUGCAUGUGACUUUAUCUUUGGAAGGUAAGGAAUCAACUGGGAAAGUAGCAUUCAAUUUUAGAAAUAUGGAAUACUUCAAUUGUUAAUUAGAGCAAAACAAAAAUGAGGAAGUCCUCUCUUGUUGCAGGUGUGGAGAACGGCUUGUUGUAAUUUAAGAACAGAAUACAAAUAAAACACAUUCAAGUUCUGUGAUAGUAUGUGACAAUUGAUUUCCAAAGAAAAAAAAAUACAUUCCUUCUUUUUGUCCCUGAGUGUUAUCCCUGUUCCAGUGGGAGUUUAACUUAAUAAAUGUCGGACUAUGCAAUGGCAGAUGAGGUCAUGGUUCACUAAAACACAGACCACAUAGGUGCUAUUUUCUCUCUUCUGUGGUGCUAUGUAAUAUUUUCUAUUUUAUACUGUCUGAUUGAAAUUGUAGAUGACUGCCCUUUAAGUAUUGUUGACUUGCAUUGCUGUGGUGUGUGCAUGCCACUUGCCUGCCUAUCCACAUACUGGCUGGUGCAGCUUGCCCAGAGUGUACCCUGCUUCAGUGGCCCAUGUCUGGCGAAUGGCAAUUAAUGACGUUGGCUUUGAACAUGGCUGUUUCAAGAUGCUGCAUUCUGGGCUUGUCUUUGGCUGGUAUGUGCCCAUCAUCGGUGCCGCAACAAACCUCAAGGAGUGGACGUGCCAAAUUGAUUUCCUCAAUCCCUUCCAACCAAAGUGUUUCGUGUAUAUUUUAAAAUCUAUUUUUGUAUGUAAAAAGAACUUGGGAAAAAAAGAAUCUGUACUUAUUAAUGAAUCAAUAAAUGUCACCAAAUUAGCAACACAAAUACGUAUGCAACACCAAAUACUGCUUGUUGUGCUCCUUUUUGCCAUGUUCUGAUGCUCAAUUUAAACUAUGCACUCUUUUUGCUUAUGACCACUAGUAUUGACCACAGAGUUGCCCCCCUGCAUAGGAUUGCUUUUUUAAUAAAAUGAGAGACUUGAACAAUGUCUGUUUAGUGAACUCCAUGCUUGUAGAUUCCUGGUAUUAUUUUUCAUGUCAUGCAAUACGCUCUUAAUCAGACAGAUCCUUUUGUAAAUUUUUCAAACCAGCCAAGGCUGCCAUCGUUUCUUGUGUUUGUAGAUUUCUAUGUGGUUGUUUGUUUGUUUGUUUUCACAAUCUUGUCAAACCUGUGUAAGAAUAGGAGGAUAAAAGAUAUUUGGUUUUUAUGUCAAUAAAUUCAAGUUUACUGUGGCCAUCCACUCUUGUAUGUCUUUUGAAGCAUUAAACCCUAUCUGUAUGCAUGAAACUGUAAAGUUUUUUUCUCUUGUUAUAUUGUGCCAUGACAUGAUCUCAUGCUCAUGUUUUCUAAUCAGGAUAUAGCAGCUUUUCCAUUGCUACCGAUAAACCAAAGGAUCAUGUCCAAAAUUGUGAAGUGCAGAGAAAAUGAUGAACUUGUAACUCUACCAAAGACAAUGUUUUUGUAGUAUAUUUAUUGUACUAUUUAAAAUCAAUAAAUGUAAAAUGAGACCAUA